AGCCCGAGGCUGCAAUUGAGAACAGACGCCAGGGUUGUAUAAGUAGGAAUAAGACACUUCUGGUAAUUCUAGCGGCUUUUGUCAUUGUUGUGAGUUGUUUUUUAUACAUCGUACACAGUCAAACAAAAGCUAACAGGGAUUUGAUGGAAGUACUUACAUCGUCAAACCAACAUGCAAAUGGAUUACUUGGUGGACAGAUACAAUCAGACAAUACGCAGAAACAUUAUCUGAAUAUUGGAAUGCGCCAAGACUAUCUACUCCAAGAAUGUCAAGGGACUCACUUUAAGUUUUCUUUUCCGGACAUCGACUAUGCUUUAAUGGGUUACAACAUAUUGCGUGGUUUUCCUCUUGCAACUGGACAUGACCCUGGUUUUACGUACCCGAUUUUUGCUGCCAAUUACGAAAACGGAAAGCAAACCGCCGAUUGUCGCUAUAGUGUCCCACAAGGUUUGGUUGUGGUCCCGGACGUGUCGUGUAUUACGUCGUUUACGUCAAAAAUCGUUCAAACACAAUACGAGUUUGCAAAUUCACUAUCAGUGUCUGCAAGUGUAAGUGGUGGUGGAUGGGGUGUAAGCUUUUCUGCAAGCGCCGGUUACAAGAAAUCUUCGUCAGAAAUAUCAACUGGAGAGUCCGUUUUCAUACUCUCCUCGGCCAGCUGCAAUUAUUACUUCAGCAAACUAGUCAAGCGGUCACCUCCACCACUAGAUCCUGUCUUUCUUAGCUGGGUCAAAAGGCUAAGUAGAACAAACUCCACUGAUGUAUAUUUAGAAUUCCUUGACACAUAUGGUACUCAUUUUCCUACUGAAGUCACAUUUGGAGCAAGGUUUACUUACGAACAUAAAAUGACAUCAAAGGAGUACAAAACUCAAAGUGAGAAUCAAGUCAAUGUUGCUGUCUCUGCAAGCUACUCUGGUAUUGUCAAUGUCGGCGGAGGAUUUUCUAUGGAUUCUUCCCAAAAAGAAAAGGCUUCAGAAUUUUCAAAAUCAGUUGAAACGAAAACAAUUUCAGUUGGAGCAGCGCCUCCUGCAAACGGCGAUGCAAUGACUUGGGCUUCAACCGUGAAGGACAGUCCUGUGCCAUCUAGCUACAAACUUGCGUCGAUAGAGGAGCUCUUUACAGAAAAGUAUAUGAACCCGGCCGAAUUAAGCGUUAAUCUUGCCCAUAUUUCAAAAACAAUUAAUAAAACAAAGAUUGAAUAUUGCCAGAGUAUGAUUUUAAAUGGUGAAGUGGAAUCGUGCCAAUCACUGACCCCAGGAAUGAUGCUUGAAGGGACAAGACUUCAUAGACACUAUGAUUCAAUAGUUUUAUCGUACAAAGAAUGCAUCGACCAUUGUUUGAAGCUUAUUGACUGCGUCGCAAUAACAUUUUGUGAUACUUGUAAAAGUCAAAAUAACCAUUAUCACACUUGCUACAUGUACAGCACAGAAAACCCAAUAUCUGGAGCGGAAGACGACAACUGGAAAACAAUGCUGUUAAUCGGGAAAUCAAGUAAAAACCUUACACUCGAUGAAACAGAUAUCAAAGGUACUGCAAGGGAGUUUGAUGUAGAAAAUAUAGAUGACAGAAGGAAUAUCACGAUAACAAACUGUGAACAGUUUUGUAUGGAAGAUGCCCAUUGCAUUGCCUACAGCUAUUGCGAUUCCGACGAAGUUGAACAAAAAUGCAAACUGUACAGUUUUGACAAUGUUAAGGGUUUUGAAAGAAAAUCAAGAACAACGACCGUCUUUGUUGCAAAAUAAGCAGAUCGAUCAAAUGUUAUCGAUACCACAUGAGCAAACAAAAGUACAUUUACUUCGAGAAGUUGGCAUUCAUUAUGAAUCGUAUUUCUCAUACAAACAAUUUUACAAUUAUUUGUUUCAUUUAUUUCAUUGUAUUGCUAUGCAUAUGCAAAUCGGAAACGUGUGCAUGUACUUAUAAAUAAAAUUAUCGUUUUUUUGUUCAAAAUUGCUAUUUACGUGCAUGACCAACGAAGUUUCGAUAACUCCUUUGCGUCGAUCAUAUAGCUUAUAGUAAGAUUGUAAGCCUGACUAGUAAACUAAUGGGUAUGUAAUUAGCGUGCGUCAUUAACUAAUCUUGUCUGUCAAAUCAAGUUACAAUUUUUUUUUCUAGCCAGAACUGUAAAUGAUUAUAAUACACAAAAGCAUUGGUUGUUUCUGUGAACUGGUAAAGUGCAAAAAAAUGUACAAUGUAA